AUGACGCUGGAUGAGUUGAAUUGCUCGGAGUUCCUUGAAGCGCUCCGGACCAUAUUGACACCUGCCAUGGCUUCCAAAUCGGUGGGCAGUUACGCGCGAGCGGAAAUCAAUUUGACACAGGUUUUGCACCAUUGUCUCAAGAUGGCGGACACCAAUCGGGAUGGAACCCUGAGUUUUCAGGAGUUUGAACGCUUCCUGAAGAAUUUACGCAAGCCGAAGCACCCAACGGAACUGGCCCUGCUUUACAUGAACAUGUUCGACGCAGAUCCGGAUGCUUACAUCGCCGAGAACGAGUUCCGGGACAUGUGGCGCUAUUUUAUGGGCCGCAAUCCAAGAUCGGACGAGUUUCAAUUUCAUUGGUCCCGGAUGGAUACAGCCCGAGCUGGCAGGAUAUCUCAGCGAGCCCUGGCGAGAUGGUUGGCAAAAACAGCGCCCAAGGCCUUCACCACCUUGGCGCCUCCUGUGAUAGAGUCCGAAGGGACAGGUCGGAAACGGAAGAUCCUGGUCCAGGCAGUCUGCAAUCGGAACCUUGCUUUCCAUGUUGCGACCGUGUAUCUGAAGCUGGAAGAUAUGCUGAGAAAGAAAGUUCGCAGACUGAGCAUCAGUGAAAGUAAGAUGUUGAUCGCUAUCGCUGAGAAGGCAGCUCACCAGCUACCCGUACCAAGUAUGGUGCUUGGCUUCGCAGUCCAAAAUCUUCAGGCCGGCUCCUGGACUUUGGCACCAGCCGUCCACACCCUGGUCAGCUGUGGUGACGUUGCACCGGACACGACGUUCAUGGUUCGGCCGGUAUCAGCUUGCCAGGAUCCUUGCGACCAGAAUAUUGCUUGGCGGGGAUGUCAGACUUCCAACGAAGUUUUGAACGACGACUACCAGCAGGGCUAUCUUUUCAAGGCCAAGCAGAAGACGAGCUGGCAUGGAUCUGUUGUUACGACAGCCGUGGACAUCCUCCCUGGGGACAAGGCUCCGAUGACGCCGGCAAAAAUUACGUGGAGGCUUCCAACUCCCUUGGGCUGUCCGUUCGUGGUUAUCGACAAAUUGGAAAUGGACAAGAAGGGUGGCAUCAAGUUGGAAGGCUCUACGGAGAAGGCCCUGAAAGGACUGCGAAUUGAACUGAAGCCGGAGCUCAGUGAUGUCAUGAAGACGAAGACAGGCCUUAUCUACAGCGGCCUCAAGGAUGCACGGUUGGGGCUGGACCUGAAGGGCAUCGGUGUUCAAGAUGCCGUCGCAGACGUCCGUCCGAACAAAGCUGAACUGCCGGAGCUGUGUGCCCAGAUCCGUGUCCAGAUGCAAUGCGCAGAAAAUGCGUACAGAUUGGAUCAGAUUGAGAACCGAACUCCUUCCUUGGCUGCCAAGUUCGAAGGGAUGCAAAAGCUCAAAAGAAAAGCAAUGAAGAUCACUGCCUCAUGUUGUGUCGACUGGUGCAGCGGUGUAGACCUGGCGCCAAGCAAUCGACGAGCCUGGCAAGACAGCGGCAUCUCUGCCGGUGCGGUGGACGAAGUCGAUUUAGCACAUGGAGCGAUGGUCAGAGGCUUCGACCUCCAGAAUCUCGCUACCGACUGCUUUCAGCUCGGUGGGAUCGCGUCGAAGACGUUGAACUGCCUGCAGUACCGGAGCCAAGUGGUCUUCUUAGCCUGGGUGUUCGCUCCGUUCAUGUGUGCCUCAACGCUGCUGGUGGUAUUCGGAAAGGAAAGCCGGACAUGGCGGGAAUAUUGGCUGCACCAGCUGCUGGAAUGUACACAAAGAGCUGGUGCCGCUUUUCAGAAGUUUGGCCAGUGGCUUUCCAUGCGGCCGGACAUGUUCCCGCCGGAUGUGAUUCUGGUUCUAAGCAAGCUGCGGGCAGAUGCGCCGGCACACUCUGGCGUCGUGUCUCGAAGGAUGUUGAAGGUCCAGCUGGGUAAGGAUGUCGAUGAGCUUUUCGAUGAGUUUCAGGAAGAGCCGGUGGCUAGUGGUUCCGUGGGCCAAGUGCACAGGGCCCGCCUAAGAGCCGAGCAUGCACUGGACGGACCAGGUGGGCAGCUUCGCGACGUUGCAGUGAAGAUACAGCACCCCGGGGUCAUCGACAGCGCGUUUAUGGACUUGAACAUCGUCUGGAAGCUCGUGGAAUUUUCUGAGAAGUUCCUGCACAUGACAAUGCCGUUUGAUAGGAGCGACUUUGAUGAAGUGAUCCAAGCCCAGAUGGACUUCACCAGGGAAGCUUUCAAUCUUCAACGCUUCGCACGAAACUUCAAGGGGGAGCACCGAAUCAGGUUUCCGAAAGUGUCUUCACACUUCGUAACCCCCGAAGUACUCGUGGAGACUUGGGAGAACGGCGAAAUCAUUUCCAACAUCAUGGAGGAUUUCGACAACGCAAAGGCUGCAUGUCAAGAUGCCAUGACCGCCCUGGAGUCCAAGAAGCGCGAAGUUCAAGGUGAUCUUUCAAGGAUCUUGUAUGACAUGAGCAUGAAGAUGAUGAUUCGAGACAAUUUUGUUCACGGCGACUUGCAUGGCGGAAAUAUUUUGUAUUCAACAAAUGACGACCACGUUACGGUCCUUGAUGCUGGAAUUGCAACAUCACUGGACAAGCGAACGGUGGCCCCUUUUGGACGCUUUUUGCAUGCGUUGUGUUCCGGACAGACCGAGAAGGUGGUUGAAUACUUGCAGAGGUUUGACGAGUCGAAAAUGGUAGUCAACACGAAGCAGUUACACGCGGAUAUCCAGGAAACGAUGGACAAGUACAUGGGACCUUUCCGAAUAGACAAGGAAGGACCUGUGAAUGCGGCAGACAUGUUUGGAGAAGUCAUGUUCACGUUACAGCGGCACGGAAUGUUGCUCAAGGGCGACGUGGCUUCUACACUGUUUACCAUAUCGAUCAGUGAAGGCCAGAAGACCUUUUUUUCCAGACCCGAAUCAUUGCCGGAGUUGCGGAGCUGCGUGCCCGCUGCGCCCUCCGCCGGCAUGGCGGCCCCUGCACGAUGGAGUCUGCUGCUCCUUUUGCUUAGUGUCUUGGCCAACAAGGUAGCAGGGCAGGUUGCAGACGAGGCAGACGUGGAUGAGGACGGGGAGGAUGACGAAGAUUUCCCAGAGUCUGUGAAAACUCUCACCGACAGCACUUUCCAGGACUUCAUCAAGAGUAACGAGAGGGUUUUGGUGGAGUUCUAUGCGCCUUGGUGCGGCCAUUGUCAGCAGCUGGAGCCGCAGUACAAUCAGGCUGCCGAUGCCCUGCGAAUGGAGGGGGCCAAGACCAUGCUGGCCAAGGUAGAUGCGACCGCAGAGACGGGCCUGGCAGGGCAAUACCAGGUGCAAUCAUAUCCGACAUUGAAAUACUUCGUAGGAGGAGGUGAACCUGUUGAUUACGAUGGCCCGCGAGAAGCGGAUGGCAUCGCAGAAUGGCUUAGAAAAAGAGAGAAGCCAGCCGUGGAGGAAAUGAAGGAGUCCGAGGUGAAAGCUUGGAUUCAGAAAACCUUAGACGAAAAUGCCUUCGCUUUGGUGGCGCACGUGAAGAAGAAAUCUGCACGUGCCAAGGCGUAUGCCAAGUCCGCCGAGAGCCUCAUAGAUUACAAGGGCUCGAAACUGAGGUUUGCUGUCGUUUGGCUGCCCAAAGCAGCCGAUCCAAAGAAGGAUGCUUACCUCUCCAUGUCGCGCCCUCUGAAGGAUCCAGAAGACAAGAAGCUUGAAUUUCCCGGCUCAUGGACAGACACGGGACUGGCAAAGUGGAUCAAGCAGAGCACGUACGCUUUGGUUGGCGAUUCCUUUGCCGCGGACAAAUAUUCAACGGAGGCGAUGCAGGAGAUCGGAGCGAAAGGAGCAGUCAUUGGCAUCUUCGACACGGAGGAUGCUGGCAAAGACAUGCGAAGCCUCCUGCAGAAGGUGGCUGUGGCAGAAGCGUCAUGGCGUUUUGCGACCAGUCCACGAUCGAAGUUGGAGGAAAGCGACGUGGCCGUGCUCGGGGCGAAAACGGAUGCUCCUAUGCAGAUCUCAGUACUUUACCAGGAAAAGAAGUAUGUGCUGAAGGACGUGACGGAGCAGGCCAUUAAGAGUUUUCUUGCGGAUAUUCUCGCCAAGAAAGCCAAGCCGUACUACAAGAGCGCGGCACCUCCGAGUCAGGCCGCUGAAGGUGGCGUCACUGUGUUGACAGGUGAUACCUUCGAUGAAGUUGUCCUAAAUGCCAAGCACGAUGUCUUUGUCGAGUUCUAUGCGCCUUGGUGUGGCCACUGCAAGAAGUUGGAACCAGUUUGGACACAGCUGGCGCAGAAGAUGGAAAGUCUCGGUCACGCCAAGAACGUGGUUGUGGCAAAGAUGGAUGCCACAGAAAACGAGUGCGAAGAACAAGUUACAGGUUAUCCUACUCUUGUUUUCUAUCCAGCCGUGAAGAAAGAGAAAAAGUUUCGCCAAAAGCUCAUCUACCAAGGUGCAAGAGACUUUGAUCCUCUCCUGGACUUCCUGGUAGAAAACGCUGUGAACUUGGAGGGCGUGGAGCUGACAGAGGGCGUGGGCAAGCAAGCCUCACUUGUGGACAGAGAGCGCGCCAGAAAAAAGAAGAAGGCCGGAGCUUUGAGUGCCGAAAUGGAGGCAGGCACAGACCCGAGGUUUUAUGCGACCCAUCGCGGCUUUCAAGCCCACAAGCGUCGAUUGAAGAUGCCGGAGGAACCGCCGCGCCGGCCGGUGCUGUCUCAGGAGAGCCAUCAGUUUAUGUCGCAGCCCGGGUGGGAGCGACACGAGAAGAACGUGUUGAACGUGAACGGCGAGGUGGCGGCAUGGAGAGAGAACACGCCCAGGGCACUCCAAAAGCAGGUGCGGGAGCCUGGCACGACGCUCCUGCGGGUACCGCUGCCUCCAGCUCCUCAUCUGAUACAUGGCAGGUUCCCCCGUGUGGAGCAGUAA